AAAGCAGGAAAGACCAGAACAGAAUUGCAAGAGGAAGAAGAAGAAGAUCAGAGUUUUGCAGGAGGAAGAAGAAAAUUGCAGAGAGAAUUGAGAGGAAGAAGAUAACAAUUGUAUAACAUUGCUGCCGAGCUUCUAUUUUUCAUCAUUCUGCAGACGCCUAAGAGAUGAAAAUGUUGAAAUCAUAUCUUCUGAAGGCUGCUUUUAGAAACCGUGGCUAUAAUCUUUUCCAGUUCAUUCCACAGAGGGGGUUGCACAGCAGAAACAAGGAGGCAGCGGAGUUCAUAGCAAAAGGGUGGAAUGCUCUGAAGGAAGUUGAUAGAGUGAUUGAUUAUUGUGAGCUAAGUGACAGCCGGCUCAUUCCUUACCUAUGUGAUGCAAAGGAGAAAUUUGAAUUGGCUUUGGAGGCAGACAACUCAAAUACCCAAGCCAGAUAUUGGCUGUCCAAAGUGCAUCUCAAGUACCAUACCCCUGGUGCUUGUAAAGCCAUCGGUGUUGCUUUGUUAGUUGAAGCUGCGGAGAUGGGUGAUCCAGAUGCUCAGUAUGAAUUAGGUCGCCGUUUGAGAGUUGAGAACGAUUAUGUUCAAUCAGAUCAGCAAGCAUUUUACUAUAUAGAGAAGGCAGCUGAUCAGUUGCAUUCAGGUGCACUAUACCUUCUAGGUGCUGUAUUUCUGACUGGGGAUUGUGUAAAGAAAGACGUUGAUUCAGCAAUAUGGUGUUUCCAUAGAGCGUCACAAAAGGGUCAUCCUGGAGCUGCUAUAGCAUACGGAUCCCUUCUUCUUCAAGGGGCCAAAGUUCCAGAAGCAGUAACGAAAUUUCAUACGAAGAGGCCUUCGAAGAGAGUGUUAAGAAAGUACGUGGGAGAGGACGAGCUUAACCCGGUUGAACUGGCUAGGGAGCAGUUUGAAAUGGCUGUAGAAGCAGGAUGUGAUCUUGGAUUGAGAUGGUUGAAAAGGCUAGAGGAGGAAGAGAAGCGUCUGCUGUCCUCAUAGUUGAGAGAACAACAUAAACUGACUCUUGAUAUCAAGAGUUAGCUGCCAUAUUCAGCUUCAAAGGAUGAAUUCAAUGCCAUUAAUAAUGGAUAUCUUGUUUUGAAUAUGUGUAUCUUGAUUAAGGUAUACCUCCAUUUAUGUAGUGAACUCAAGUUUGCACAAAACACUACAACGCGUUUGGACAUCAGGACGUUAAAAGCCUGCAAUCAAACCAAUUAGUUAGUCCU